UUUGACACAAUCAGCUGUUUAUAUUAGACCAUCUUAAGUUAAUACGCCUUAUUGCAGUUUCCAUUUUUAGGGGUUGUUGGGAGUAAAAAUAUUUGAUUUAAGUUAAACAUUUAUUAAUAUAUUUACAAAUAAAAUGUUUAUUGUGGCUAUAACUGGAGGCAUUGCCACAGGCAAAAGUACGGUCAGCAAAGUUUUCGAAAGAAAUGGCAUACCAGUGAUAGAUGCGGAUAAAAUUGCUCGUCAAAUUGUGGAACCUGGUAAACCUUGUUGGCAAAAAAUCAAGGAAACAUUUGGUGAUGAAAUUCUCCUGCCGACGAGAGAAAUUAACCGAGAGGCUUUGGGCAAGGCCAUAUUUGCCGAUAAGGAGUUGAGAGGCAAAUUAAAUAAAAUAACACAUCCUGUUAUACACCGCACUAUAUUCAAGGAGGUGUUUAAAAAUUUUAUGUCGGGCAAAGCUUGGAUUGUUUUGGAUUUGCCUUUACUUUUCGAAACCGGACUUUUAAUGGACUUUAUACACAAAAUUAUAUGUGUAACAUGUGAGCCGGAUUUACAAUUGAAACGUUUGAUAUCCCGCAAUGAGCUAUCACCAGAGGAUGCUCGCAAACGCAUUGAAUCCCAAAUGCCCUUGGAUAAGAAAUGUGAACAAUCACACUUUGUUAUAGAUAAUAAUGGUUCUGUUGAGGAGACAGAAGCUGCUGCCCAGCAUAUUUGCGAUUUAAUGAAGGAAAGCAAACAACAUUGGCUCAAUCGUUUAAGUCUGUUGGGUAUUGUGGGUGCCAUACUGUUUGUUAUCUAUUAUUUAAAUAAGAUUUUUAACUUUCUUCCCGAUCUGAGUAAAGGUUUAACUUGGUAUAAAUAGUUUUCCUAGUUGCAGCUUAUAGAGAAAGGUUAUUACUACUUUGGUGGCCUACUGUACCAAAGGCAUUUAAUUAAUUUACUAGCCAUUGAUGUAUUUUUUAAAAUCUAGUUCAAAUUGACAAAAUGUUAUCAGUUAAAUGAUAAUAAACGCUAAAGAUAAACUUGCUAAAUAAAA